AUGGUUAUCGACAACAAGUGCAACGCGGUCCACGAGCAGAUUGUGUCUUUGGUGACCCAAGACCCCGGGUUGCCACGCAAGGGACCAUCCGUCGCAUUCUGGCAAGAACCCGCCCAUGCUAUUUCCAACAUCCAGUCACCACAGCUUCCAACAGAAGUUGACAUCGCCAUCAUUGGCUCGGGAAUCACUGGCUGCAGUGUCUCACGAACUCUUCUGAGCAAUCCCAAGCUUCACAAGAAACGAAUUUCUCUCUUCGAGGCCCGUGCGUUGACGAGUGGCGCGACCGGUCGUAAUGGUGGACACUUGGUCUCUCCUGCAGCUGUCGACUUUGCAGCAGUUGCGAGUCUAUUUGGAGCCGAGAAGGCUGCGGAGGUAACAAGAUUCUCAUUUCGCAAUCUUGAGAGAUUCCAUGAAUUUGUGUCUACGCUAGACGAUGACCUUCGAGAUGCAUCGGAAGUUCGCAAAGUCCAGAAAGUCAUGAACUUCCUUGAACCAGCAACUUUUGAACACUUUAAGGAUUCUCUCCGCCAGUUCUCAGUAGCUUGCCCUGAACUAGCAGAUCAAUUCAAGAUCCUUUCCGCCGAAGAAGCUAAAGCUGUGAGUUCCACGUCUAACUACAUUGAUCUCCAAAACCUAAUUGGCUCAGAAAUACAAAUUCAAUGA